AUGAUGAAAUAUCGAGGGACCAAAAUCAGGACCAGGACUUACGGUGGAGUGUUGUUUUCGACAGACCUCCACGCAGGGCCGAUGUGCGGCGAGUCAACAUCCCGAGUUCGCAAGCAACGAAGGGCUGGAGGUUGUUUCGGAUAUGGUAUCAAGCGCGACGACGAAGAAACCCUAGGAGCGGUCCGAUUUCGCAACCGACAGCGGCCUGAGGAGGCUUUUGACUGCCGAUUUCUGCUCAUUCAUGCAACUCGAGGUGAUGAUUUCCGGAGAACGGCUUCAGGUUUCAGCUCCAGUCAUGAGUUUCGCAGACGAGGGCCGGAUCACGAGGGCGUACCCUUCGCAGGUUUCGAUUUGUUGCGGUGCCGCUGGGACGACAGGUCCGAGGCUGUCGGCGACACAUACCGACGGCGAAUGGAGGCGCCUGAUUUCGACGAGUUGCACUUACCUGUGAGCAAAUUCCGGCAUGUUGAGGCGGGCUGGGGUCGGAACGAUGUUCGUCGCGUCGCUGAGGACGCCGACGACUACCAUGGUCACACCGCCUGGCCGCAGGAACAAACCCUAGGCGAUUUCCGGCAGCGAGAACAGCAGAGGCCCGAUGGAGGUCUAGCAGCGGCAUGGGAAUUUCACGGUCGACGCGCCGCUGAGGGUUUUUCCACCGCCGGCGACCAUGAUUGGCGACAGAACGUGACCGAUUUUGCCGACAGCGAGGGCCGCGAGGCUCGACGAGGACAACCUGGGGCAGCGACCGGCAGUUUGGGAGAUGUGCGGCGAGGCAGCGAGAACAAGACGGGAUAUGAAGGUGAUCAAUUUUUUGGAUUUCACAGCAGAAGUAUGGUACAACUACAUAGUGAAGAGAAUGAAGGAGGCGAUACCCGUAAGAAUUUUGGGGAAAUUGUACGCAGCUUUUGGUAUCGCGGUGUAGGAGAUGAGCGCAGAGAAGCAGAUUUUUCUUUCCCUCUUUUGGGCCUGCGCAGGGACGACCCAAUUAUAUUUAGUGGUCCUAGGGGAGGGAUGCAUUUAAAUCCAGAUUAUUGGGCAUGUGAAGUGGCUGUGGAAAUUGGGCUUGUACGGGCAGCUGCGUUUUGUUCCAUAAGCCAUGGCUAUGGCGUCAAGAAGCUCGACGAUUAUCUUACCAGAAAACUCAGUAUCAGCAGGAUUCAUCAAGUAUUACUUCUUCCAGAUGCCUGUCAAAGGUCACUAUGCACAAAAUUUAAUUUCAAGAAGGCCAGCAUGAGGCAAUUAUAUUCUCUACGGGGGCAUUAUAUUAAUUCAUUUAAACAAAGAGCAGAACACUGUGGGAGUAAUAACAUUGAAGAAAACAAGGAAGAAAGCAUCUCCAGGGUAGCUUUGAUGUGGAGAGCUAUCAAAUUACCCAUUUACUCUGUUGCAUUGAUCCCUAUAACAGUUGGAAGUGCAGCAGCAUAUUUGCAGACGGGCCAAUUUUUUGGAAAGCGUUAUUUAAAGCUAUUGUUAUCAUCAGUUCUCAUCAUAACGUGGCUCAACUUAAGCAAUGAUGUAUAUGAUUUCGAAACUGGGGCUGAUAAAAACAAGAAAGAAUCAGUUGUUAAUCUAAUUGGCAGCCAAACAGGAACUCAUAUUUUAGCUUGGGUACUACUUGAACUUGGUUUCGGGGGCCUUACUUGGGUGUCUAUUGAGGCUGGAAGUAUACGUUCUAUAAUUCUACUUGCCUGUGCCAUAUUUUGUGGCUAUAUUUACCAGUGUCCACCUUUUCGGCUGAGUUACUUGGGACUUGGGGAACCUUUGUGCUUUGCGGCAUUCGGUCCAUUUGCGACCACUGCCUUUUGCUUGCUCCAAAGCGGGACAAGUGAGCUGUCAAUCUCUGCAACUGUAAUCUCUUCAUCAAUUCUUGUCGGCUUCACAACGACCUUAAUCCUAUUCUGUAGCCAUUUUCAUCAGAUAGAGGAUGACAAGGCAGUCGGGAAAUUUUCGCCUGUGGUCAGGCUUGGAACCGAAGGAGGUGCAAAUGUAGUGAAAGUGGCCGUACGGAUACUUUAUUCGCUUCUAUUUGUUCUCGGGCUUGCCCAAAUUCUUCCUUUCCCCUCUAUAGUUCUCUGUGCUUUAACAUUACCAGUUGGAAAUUUAGUGGUUAGCUUUGUCGGGACAAACCACAAGGUACAGUAG